GUAGUUACAGUGAACAGUUGUUGUGGAAGCUGCACAGGACAGAACCUGUGGGAAUCGUUAGCAUCCAGCUGGCCACUAAAGCUCAUAACCAUGUCAACCGAAGACCAACAAAUUGUGGCUAUUAACAGUGCCAUUAUGAAGCUGAGCAAGGCAGAGAACGUAAGGAAAGAUACUGCCAUGAUGAUGCAGCCCUAUGCCAACUGGGAAGAGUUUCUGAUGCCAGGCCCGACGGCCAUAGCUAUUCUCGGUGAAUUGAUAUUCAUCUCUGCAGCGGAUGACUUUCCCAUCAAUAAGAACAACCCAGACAAGACAUAUGAGUUUAUAAAAUACCCAGAAUCAUUCCGAGCCUGCCUGAUGCAGGUCAGCAAUCAAGGUUGGAUGGCAUUCAAUAAAGCUCACAAGAAUAUGGACCAAAUCCGGUUAGAAUCCCUAAAUAUCCCACGUUACAUAAAAUUCCUGGUGCAGACGCUCAUGGAAGACAACGAAAUGAUUGUUAAAGCGCUGUUGCCUGGGCAACUCAACACUAUUAAGACCGUUGCCGACAAGUGCUUGAAACUGGCAAACUCUGUUGAUGAGGAAUUCCUAACGGUUGUUGAACUAAUCCAGGAGCUGAUGGAGGUCUCUAUAAGUGCCCGGUCAGUUCAUGAGGAAAAUGUGAAAGAAGUCAAGAAGGCCUUGGAAGAAGCCAAAAUAAAAGAGGUGUCUGCUAAGCGGGCACACGAGCUUGCAGAAAAACAUUUCACCAAAAUGUCCAGCAGUUUAGAUGAAGCACAAGCUUCAUACAGAGCUCAGAUGUUGAUUUCAACACCUAGUGUAUUGAAUAUGGGAGCGGCAGCCUUGGUGGAUGGUGUCAGUAAUGUCUUAAGUUCUGCUUCUGAUUUUCUGGGAGGCAUCAAUCAAAUGCUUAAGAAGAAAAUUUCUGGGAAAGAAAAUGAUGGUGAUCACAGUACAGAUAUGCCAAAAGGAUCCACAAACUCAAGUGAUAUCAGUGAAGGUAUGAGUUCAGAAUCUCUGGAGCCAGUGAUAAAUAUUGGAGCCCAAAACAACAUCUACUGCAAAGCUGAUGAAUUGAUUAAUAUCACAUUAAAACUUAAAGAAUUCAUUUCUCCAGGUGAGAGCAUUGAUAUGACAAAGUUGUUUGACCAAAGAACAGAGAGUUCCAAUUCAAAUGUCUGCAAACAGAGGUUCCGAACAUUGGAAACUGAGAUAGAGAAUGAAGAAAACUGUAAAGCAAAGAAGCCAGCCCUUAAACUGUGUAAACAGGGAGUGAAGCUGUGUUGUGAACUGGAAGAAAUAACAAAAUUGCAAAGCAAGGAUGGCAAAGGAAAUAAAGAACUGGCUACAGAAAUAAAUAAAUUGUAUCAACAGAUUAUUACAUUUACUUCAGCGUGUAAAAAAUCUCAAAAUGAGACCCCCUUCCCUGCUGUACCACCAAACUUAGCUAAAACAAACACCAAUUCAGGGAUUUUGCAAACCAUCAUCAAUGAUGCCCAUUUUAAAAUAGAACUGAACAGAUCACAGCUAAACCAGGCCAAAGAAGACUAUGAGAGGAGCAUGGAGAACAUGAAGAAAUGCAAUGAAGAACAUGAUGAAAUCUUGAUAAAAAUCAGAAAUUGUGAAGUUCAAGAAAUUGACUUUGAUACCACUGUAAAGAUGCUCGUGAAAGGACUUAAAUUGUUAGGCAACGUCAAAGAACAGUGGGCAAAGAUGAUUGGCUUCUUUCAAAUGAUAUCCAACAUAAUUGACAGCAGCUUAAACACAUCUCUCGGACAACUUGUCACCAACAUUGAACCAGGCCACUCAGUCACUGGCUAUACCCAGAAUAAGUUUGUCAAAGACAUGAUUUAUAACCAUGCAUUUCAGGCAAGCAAUGUUGCCAAUCUGGUCAACAUGAUAUCUGGGACCUAUGUUGAGGUUUCUAGGAACCACUUGAUGGAUCGAGUGAGCAGUUUAGGGAAACUCAUGUCUAUGGAUCCAACAGAAAGCAACUUUCAUUUGGAACGGCAGAUGUUCCAGAAAGGUUGUGAUGAAGCAAAACAUGCAAUUAGAGGUAUUGUUGAGAAAAACAUGAAUGACUUUAAGCUCAGUGUAGAGGAGAGAAUCAAUACCAUUGAUAACAACUUGAAGGCCGUCCUGCCACCCAUAGCAGAGGAAGAAAUAAAAGCAAUUCGGAGCAGUGUGAAUGUGGAUCCAGAGGACGUUUUCAAAGAACUCUCCCUCGAAGAUGCUGACCAGUUUUGUUGAGAAAGCAGGUGGACAUGCAAGGUAUGGAUCAGAUCGGACAAUGGACAGUGAGUUUGAUGAUCUCUGUGCAGUGCUGACACUGUGUAGGGCUCCAAUAUUUAUCACUGACUCCAGAGAUUCUGAACUCAUACCUUCACUGCUCUCACUAUUAUCUAUCAUUAUUGAUAAAAUUGAAGAGCAAGGAUGGCGAAGGAAAUAAAGAACAGGCGAGAAAAAUAAAUGUGCUCAGUGGUUAGAGCACUCGCCUCACAAAUGAGAGACCUGGGUUCGAUUCCCGGCAGGAUGAAAUGUUGGGCAAGUUUCCUUACUCCACAUGCCUGUUUUCUUUAUUCCUUUAAUUAAUACUUUUAUUUGAAGUUUAUUCCUGUGUAGAAUAACAGCUCCUUUUGCUUUUGCCAUGCAGUGCCUCGGAGGAUUUGGCCAAAAAAAAAUGAAGACAAGACCUCAGCGACAAAUCAGAUUCUAGCAACAGCUUUCAGCUUUAAAACAAUCCACUUAUUUUUCAUUCAUCUUUAAUUGACUAAUUUAGUCGUAGAUUAGCUUUUAAAUGCUCAGGGGGCAGUUCACUGUCUGGCGAGCUCUCCUGUCACUUGUCCAGCUGGGACCACCCUACCCAUGAGAGUGUUGUGCAGUUCAUCUACAAAGUUAUGAUUCGUUCAUUGUGUUUCUGCUUUCAGGUGAAAUAAUUUGCAAAACUCGCAUAAGUCUUAUCUUUAUAAAUUGUAUAAUCACCUAAAUCAUACACUCACCCGAGUCCCAUUCAGUUUCCUAUCAAACCGCUUAGAUAUAUUUGCACAAAUCACAUUAAUCACCUACUUGUAACGUCACUUACUCCCCUACUCUCCCACACUUACCAGAGGCCUUGAAUUGCGGGAAAUGAUACCCUGGUCCGUCGACGUAUGCACAAAUUUUCCACGAUUCAAUGCGAUUCCAAUACAUGCCGGCAAGUACACAGGCGGCGAUGGGUCAAGACUCAUUGAAUUGUGCAAAAUUUAAUCUUAACCUGUCACUGUAUGCUCAUUUUCCCAGCUGCAGUAAUUACUGUAAGUCUUGAGGCGGGAAGGAGAGAGACGAGAAAGAGGAUGGAGAGGGAGAGGAUGGAUAGAGAUGGAAUUUGUGGCUGAAGACCACCUGAACUUGUGCAAUGGUUAGAAUAGCUGAGUGGAAACGAUGGGUGGGUGGUAGUAUACCUGCUCGACAUGUUGGAAACUAACAACAAGAUACAGGCAAAUAGAGAUAAACUGAAACCAUGAGACUGCAAAACAGGAAACAAGAUUAUUAGAUAAAUACUCAGAAGAACGAGCCAGUCAGUAAGACAAUUCUUAAGAAAAUAAACCGCAAAGCUAAAAGAGAAACUAAUUUUCACACUCAAGUAAAUAAUAUCCAAAUAUGAGAGUACGCUUAUAUAAAUAAGACUUGGCAGUUAGGGCACACUUAAGUAGAUCACAUAUAGAAAUGCUAAAUGUACUGAAUAGAGGCUAAACAAAUUUUAGAAGGCAGGAGUCCUCGGGACGAAGAUCCAGAGCCAGUGUGGAUGAUCUUGUGAUCUGACUGCAGGCAGCUGACAACCCAAUUCUCCCGAGGUCCUGUGCUGUCGUUUGCUAAAGCUCUGAACAAUUCAUAAGUGUAUGUAUUUUAUUAAUUGUAACUCGCAAACAGAACGAGAUCCUGUGCUGUCGUUUGCUAAAGCUCUGAACAAUUCAUAAGUGUGUGUAUUUUAUUAAUUGUAACUCGCAAACAGAACGAGAUCCUGUGCUGUCGUUUGCUAAAGCUCUGAACAAUUCAUAAGUGUGUGCAUUUUAUUAAUUGUAACUCGCAAACAGAACAAGGCUUACAAUAAAAGUGUAUUGCUGAAACUCCAA